AUGGUUGAUUGGUUGGUGGAUACGCCUUCUCCACAGUAUGAGCUGCAUAAUAAACCGAUUCGCGACUCUGGGACGCUAUAUAAUUACCUUGGUGAACGGUCUCCGCGACCACAUCUCCACCCUGAUGCUGCAACGGAGUCACCGAGAAGACCGUCGUUGCAGAUUAAUGGAAUCUCGACUCUUAAUGUUGGUGGGGAUGCAGCACAGAAACAACUUGUUCAGCAUCUUUCACCUGCGUCGGCUGGCCCUUCAUCCUCGUCUUCCUCAUCGGCUUCUACUUCAGCAAGCGCUACACCCUCGCCGUCACCAUUGCAAAGGUACCGCGGUUGGGUGUCGGAGGUCGUCGCGCCACUCGAAGAGUUCAUCGACCACUCGUUCGAUCCGCGCGAACUUUUCACAGACUUGCAAGAAAUUGCAGAGGGCGAGUCAGGCUCAGUCUUCUCGGCUUCCAUCGUUCCCUCUCCUCCUUCCAAGUCAAAAUUAAAAUCGUCCACCGCUCACAUAUCCAAGAACGAGUCUGGCAAAGUAGCGAUAAAGCAAGUCCCUCUGCUUCCGGGUGGUUCGCCGAAAUUGGAAGAGAUGAGGAAAGAGCUGAUGUUGAUGUCGCGCGUAUCGCAUGAACAUAUCUUGUCUAUGGACGCGCUAUUUGUUGACCUUGUGGAGGAUGCGCUGUGGAUUGAGAUGGAGCUUAUGGAGCGCAGCCUUGCUGACGUCCUUGGGCUUGUGGAAGAGGGGCUUGUUUUGGAGGAGAGGGUGUUUGCGAGAUUUGCUACUGAUAUUCUGAGUGCGUUGGUACAUUUAGAAACUCUAGGUAUCGUGCAUCGGGAUGUGCGCUCUGAUAACCUGCUGGUCAAUAGUCAGGGCGUACUCAAACUUGCUGAUUUCUCGAACGCACUCCUCGUGGACCCAGCUUAUCCAACGUAUAAAGAGCCAGCAGGAGUGAUCUAUUGGCAGGCACCUGAGAUGCGCAGCAGUCCAUACGAUGCACAGAAAGUCGACAUCUGGUCUGCAGGUGCAACGGUAUGGGAAAUGGCAGAGGCCGAGCCGCCCUUUAUGCACAUCGAGGUCGACGAUAUCAAAGACCUUCCCGAACGCUGGCCGAUGUUAUCGAAAGCUACUGAAUUUUCACGCUCGUUCCAUGAUUUUUUGAAUUUGUGCUCGAACCCUCCGAGUGAGAGGCCGAGCGCUCAUGACCUGUUAACGACACCUUUCAUUCUUUCUGCAUGCGACCGUUCGUUCAUCAUGGACCUCCUCUCGCAAUGCAAGGCUAUCGAAGAGCGUAUCCAUCGGCGGACCAGUACUGAUUCUGAGGGGACAGUCCUUUCGUAA